AUGUAUAACCAGCAACUUGUAUAGAAUUAAAAGUAAGUAAUCAAUAAAGUCAUCACGCCAGAACAAUUAUAUCCAAAACCCCCAAUCCUAUAUAAAUAAUCAAAUUUGAACUAAUAAUUGCCUCAACCAGGACAUGAGGGCAAUCCCCAAAAGCAAAAGUUUUCUUAACUUACUUAUUAACCUUAUUUACCUAAUCCUGAAAUAGACAAAAUUAUCAAUAAGUAUAAAUCACCAGAAAUUCAAAAGCCAUCUCAAUAAAAUCAAGUUUGUUUUGAUAACAGAUUUUAAGAUCCAAAUUCAAAUAUUCUCCAAAGACCAAAUACCUUAAAAAACGAAGAUGAUUCAGAUAAAUUGAAUUUAAUAAAUAACAGAAAUUAGAAUAGCAAUUAACUGAGAAAAGACUAAAAAUUAACAGCUAGUUAGACGGACUAUAAGAAUGAUAGACUUUUUAAAUUGAUCAUAAUAGGUAUCAUCAUAUUACAAAGUUUAUACAUAAUUUCACUGCUUAAUUCGAAUUGA